AUGCGAUUCCGCGAGAAGAAGCCUCACAAGCAUGAAGACAGUAGUAGUGAAACGCCACCGCUAAUAGUCGGGCUCCGAGAUCGUAUCGCGCACUUCACCUGGCCUUGGUUUGCGGCAACAAUGUCUACAGGGGCGCUUGCCGUUGUUCUAGGGAACACUCCGAACCGCUUCAAUGGGCUACACACUAUUGGCAAGAUUGUUUUCAUCUUCGACCUCGUUUUGUUCCUUCUUUUCAAUGGCAUAAUGAUGACGCGAUUUAUUUUGGUUCCACACAAAAUACUGGCAUCACUUCAUCAUCCAGUAGAAGGCCUCUUCCAUGGUACAUACUGGGUCUCAGUUGCCUUGAUCUUGAACUGCGCGUAUAUUUACGGCAAUGCUAAGACGGGACCAUGGCUUACAAAAGCGCUCGAAGUCUGUUUCUGGAUCUACUGCGCAGUUGCGCUCAUUGUUGGUAUUGCUCAAUACUCGAUGUUCUUUCGACUUGAACGGCUUAACGUUACCCAUGCACAGCCAGCGUGGAUUUUCCCAAUCUACCCAUUGCUGGUGGUAGGAACAUUGGCGUGCACAAUACUCCCCGGCCAACCGGAUGACGCAAGCUGGAAAAUCUUCGUUGGAGCGGUCGUCUUGCAAGGGCUUGCCUGGGUGGUAUCGUUCCUCAUGUACGGCAUCUAUAUGCAGCGCCUGAUGACCAGCGCCUUACCAUCGGCGAAUUUCCGACCUGGCAUGUAUGUUUCAGUGGGGCCAGCAGGAUAUACCGCUGCAGGACUCAUCUCCCUCGCAAAGCAAGCAUCGACGCUCAUCUCGCCAAAUUACUGGACAGACACUGCAGUCCCAGAUGGAGAGAUAGUGCGCAUUUUGGGCAUCAUGUCGGGUCUCUUCCUAGUACUCUUUGCGUAUUGGUUCUUCUUUAUCACCACUAUCGCCGUCUUAGCCGGAGUACGCCAGAUGUCAUUCUCGCUGAAUUGGUGGGCUUUUAUCUUUCCCAAUGCUGGCCUUACUCUCGCGACCAUACAAGCUGCAGAAGUGUUACAUAGCGAGGCCUUAAACGGCAUAGCUAGUGCUUUGACGAUGUUAUUGGUCAUCAUGUGGUUUAUUACGGCGGCCUUCUGCGUUCGUGCUGUCUACCUUGGGGAAGUAAUGUGGCCAGGCAAGGAUGAAGACAAGACAAUGGAAAGAGUAGCGUGGGGUUGGAGAGGAAACAGGAGAGAUCUCGAAGCACAGCAUAUAUCCCCUUGA